GCCUACUCCGCCUCGCAUCAGAUCACAUCACAUCACAUAAUUGCUGCUGCUUCUGCUUCGAACCACUCGAGUCGUUACUCCCCCCUCCACUCCACUCCGCUCCUCCCCCCUCCCCAGAUGGUUUCUCUCUGACCUCUUGCAAUUGCUAGGCUGAAUCCAUGGGGAAAUGCUGCCUUCUGCCCCUCUUCCUGACCCUGUCCUCGCUUCUCUUGCCGGCCGGGGCGGCGGCGUGCCACCCGGACGACCUCCGCGCGCUGCGGGCCUUCGCCGGGAACCUCACCGCCGGAGGGGACAUUCUCCUCCGCGCCGCGUGGUCCGGUCGCGGCGGCUCGUGCUGCGCCUGGGAAGGCGUGGGCUGCGACGGCGUCCGUGGACGCGUCACCAAGCUUCGGCUCCCCGGCCGGGGGCUCGCGGGUCCCUUCCCGGGAGACGCCCUUGCCGGGCUCCCGCGGCUCGCGGAGCUCGACCUCAGCCGCAACGCUCUCUCCGGUGGCGUAUCCGCCGUCGCGGGCCUCGCCGGCCUCCGCGCCGCCGACCUCUCCGCGAAUCUGCUCGUCGGCUCGAUCCCCGACCUCGCCGCGCUCCCGGGUCUGGUUGCCUUCAAUGCCAGCAAUAACUCCCUCUCCGGCGCGCUCGGGCCCGACCUAUGCGCCGGCGCGCCGGCCCUGCGGGUGCUCGACCUCUCCGUCAACCGCCUCACCGGCUCACUCCCCUCGUCCGCCAACCCGCCGCCCUGCGCCGCCACGCUCCAGGAGCUCUUCCUCGGCGCAAACUCCUUCUCCGGCGCCCUCCCUGCCGAGCUCUUCGGCCUCACCGGACUGCACAAGCUCUCCCUCGCCUCCAAUGGGCUCGCCGGCCAGGUGACCUCGCGCCUCCGCGAGCUAAAAAACCUCACCCUGCUGGAUUUAUCCGUCAACCGCUUCUCUGGUCGGCUCCCGGACGUGUUCCGCGACCUAAGGUCGCUAGAGCAUUUCACCGCCCACUCCAAUGGCUUCUCAGGGUCGCUACCGCCAUCGUUGUCGUCCUUGUCAUCCCUACGCGACCUCAACCUCCGGAACAACUCCCUGUCCGGUCCAAUUACUCAUGUCAACUUCUCUGGUAUGCCACUGCUUGCUUCUGUUGACCUCGCAACAAACCACCUGAAUGGAACACUCCCGGUUAGCUUGGCGGAUUGCGGUAACCUCAAGUCACUCAGCCUUGCCAGGAACAAAUUGAUGGGGCAAUUGCCCGAGGAUUACGGUCGUCUCAGAUCGCUCUCCAUGCUCUCCUUGUCCAACAACAGCUUGCACAACAUCUCAGGGGCGCUUACCGUGCUGCGCCGGUGUGAAAACCUCACUACACUGAUUCUCACCAAGAAUUUCGGCGGUGAGGAGCUGCCUGACAUUGGCAUUGGGGGUUUCAACAGCCUAGAGGUGUUGGCUCUUGGCGAUUGUGCUCUAAGGGGAAGGGUUCCGGAAUGGCUGGCUCAGUGCAGGAAAUUGGAGGUGCUUGAUUUGUCCUGGAACCAAUUGGUCGGCACCAUCCCGUCGUGGAUUGGUGAGCUUGACCAUUUGAGCUACUUGGAUCUCUCAAACAAUUCAUUGGUGUGCGAGGUACCCAAGAGUUUGACAGAGCUGAAGGGCCUUAUGACUGCCAGGAGUUCGCAGGGUAUGGCUUUCACUAGCAUGCCAUUGUAUGUGAAGCAUAACAGGAGCACAAGUGGACGGCAAUAUAACCAGCUCUCGAAUUUCCCACCAUCGCUGUUCUUGAAUGACAAUGGUCUGAAUGGGACCAUCUGGCCUGAGUUUGGAAACUUGAAAGAGCUACAUGUGCUGGAUCUGAGCAACAACUUCAUGUCUGGGAGCAUUCCUGAUGCACUCUCCAAGAUGGAGAAUUUGGAGGUCCUUGAUCUAUCCUCCAAUAAUCUUACUGGAUUGAUACCGCCAUCCCUGACAGAUCUCACUUUCUUGUCUAAGUUCAGUGUGGCUCACAAUCAUUUGGUUGGGCCGAUCCCAAAUGGAGGGCAGUUCUUCACCUUCACAAACUCCAGCUUUGAGGGCAACCCAGGUUUAUGCAGGUUAAUUUCCUGUAGCCUGAAUCAGUCUGGGGAAACUAAUGUUAACAAUGAAACACAGCCUGCAACAAGCAUCAGGAACAGGAAAAACAAAAUACUUGGCGUGGCAAUCUGCAUGGGGCUGGCACUUGCAGUAGUUUUGUGUGUUAUUUUGGUUAACAUUUCUAAAAGUGAGGCCAGUGCUAUCGAUGAUGAAGACACUGAUGGUGGGGGUGCUUGUCAUGACUCAUAUUAUUCCUACUCAAAGCCAGUGCUGUUCUUUCAGAAUUCUGCGAAGGAGCUAACUGUUAGUGACCUCAUUAGGUCGACCAACAACUUUGAUCAAGCCAACAUUAUAGGGUGUGGUGGAUUUGGUCUCGUCUACAAGGCCUACCUCCCAGAUGGAACCAAGGCGGCAGUGAAGCGACUCUCUGGUGAUUGUGGGCAGAUGGAGAGGGAGUUCCGUGCCGAGGUGGAAGCGCUGUCCCAGGCUCAGCACAAGAAUCUUGUUACGCUGAGAGGCUACUGCCGCCAUGGAAACGAUAGGUUGCUCAUCUACACAUACAUGGAGAACAGUAGCCUGGACUACUGGCUGCACGAGAGGGCGGAUGGUGGUUACAUGCUGAAAUGGGAGUCAAGGCUCAAAAUUGCUCAGGGUUCAGCCAGGGGAUUAGCUUACUUGCACAAGGACUGCGAGCCAAACAUCAUCCACCGAGACGUGAAGUCAAGCAACAUUCUUCUGAACGAGAACUUUGAGGCGCACCUGGCUGAUUUCGGGCUAGCAAGGCUAAUACAGCCCUAUGACACUCAUGUGACUACUGACCUAGUUGGCACCUUGGGUUACAUACCACCUGAGUACAGCCAGUCACUGAUCGCCACCCCGAAAGGGGACGUCUACAGCUUCGGGGUCGUCUUGCUGGAGCUUCUCACCGGUAGACGGCCUGUGGAGGUGUCGAAAGUCAAGGGAUCCAGGGACUUGGUCUCCUGGGCUCUCCAGGUGAAAUCUGAGAACAAGGAAGAGCAGAUUUUUGACAGGCUGAUUUGGAGCAACGCCCAUGAGAAGCAGCUUAUGUCUGUUCUCGAAACAGCAUGCAGGUGCAUCAGCACUGACCCUCGCCAGCGUCCAUCCAUAGAGCAAGUCGUUGUUUGGCUCGACAGCGUGUCACCGUAAUACCCUGUGUUGCUUUCCCAGUUCUCUUUUGGUCAAUGUCUAGUUCUUGACAUGGGUGAUAAACAGUAGCAGUAGAGAAACUAUCUGAGAACUAUCAAUCUACUAGAAGAUGCAGCAGCUUAUCUGGUGUAAAUAACCGUCGUUUUCUUUCUUAUAGAUGCUGAACCGGCAGAGAACAAGUACAAGUCUUGCCAUUUCUUGCUGAUGCUCUGCGUUUCAAUGAAAUAUCACCAAAAAAAUUCAGUCCCUAUGAAAA